UAGCGGCUGUAAGUGACUGUCACAGAACACAACUUGACUGUAAUAAACUAUGAGUAGUGGAGUAGCCGCCGCGUGAGCUUUGAAAGUAUUUAAAACACUGAAAUGAAAUGGAGGAACCAACGUCGACUUCGGAGGGAUUCCCUCCACAAAUGCCUUCAACUACUGCAGACAGCUUAGCUGUAAACUCGCAAAGAUAUCCCAUCGUCAAUUACCCUGUAUCAGUGGUAUUGCCAGCUGCUGGCUCCGGUGAGAGAACGGGAUUACGCACACCAAAGCAGUUCUGCAGUAUCCUUGGAAGGCCGUUGAUCAGUUACACGAUUCAUGCAUUUGAGAGAAUACUUUGGAUUGACACCAUUGUUGUUGUGGUUCCAAAGGAGAGCCAUUGCUUGAUGGAAGACAUCAUUCUCAAAUACAACCACACCAAAGUAAAAAUAGUUGACGGAGGAUCAACUAGACACCGGUCAAUUUUCAAUGGAUUGCGAGCCUUCAGUGAACAAGGAACUGGCUUCAAUUUACAGAAACCAGAGGUGGUGAUUAUCCAUGAUGCUGUCCGGCCCUUCCUUGAAGAGGACUUCUUACAUAAGAUAACAGUGUGUGCCAAAGACCAUGGGGUUUGUGGAGCCAUACGGCCACUUGUCUCUACAGUUGUCGCAGCAACCACAGAGGGAAAACUCGACCACACACUUGAAAGAGCCAGAUACAGAGCCAGUGAAAUGCCGCAGGGUUUUAUAUAUGACAUCAUCUACGAGGCCUAUCAGAAAUGUAGUGAGGCAGAAUUUGAGUUUGGCACAGAGUGCUUGGAUUUGGCUCUGCGCCACUGUGGUGUCAGUGCCAAGCUAAUGGAGGGUCCACCGACGCUGUGGAAGGUUACAUACAGCCAAGAUGUGGUGUCCGCAGAGGCGAUCAUCAAAGAGUCUCUCUCCCAGUAUGCUUACAUCAUUGCCGGACAAUGUAUGGAAACCCAACAUUUGUCAAACCUCAUGAAGAACGGUCUCACAGAAGCAGGCAUGGUGGUGGAUGUUGUACCGAGCACAGAAAAAAUCAGGAAUCUUUCAACGAGUAGAAACUUCAUCAAACUUUCUAUGUGUUGGCCUAAUUUAGCAGAAAUCAAGGAGAUGACAAGCGGGUCUGAAGACACCAAGGACUUUGCUCUGUAUCCAGUAAUCAUUUGUUGGGUAUAUUUGAAUGUCUCAGAUUGUGUCUCCACCCAAAGCGAAAAUGAUGAGGCACCCAAUGUCAUGACCCUGGCUGAAGAUGUCCAGAACAGAAAUAUUUUAUUAUACUGUGUCCAAGUUUGCUACAAUAAGCCCUGCACACUAUGGGAGAGGAGAGUGAAGAAAGUUUGUGAAAUUACUGCAGGCCUUAUCAGACAGCGAAGCUCUUCCCUCAUUGGACAAAUUCUGCAGGCAUGAAUACAUUCACCAAGGGGCAAAAAGUUGUUUACAGCGCACAGCAAUAAUGAGUACACGAGUAUAAGAUUUUGAACAAUAUUUCAAUAGCUAUUGUGUUUGAAUGAGUUCCGGGAUGCAUUUCUCGAAACCAUAGUUGCUAACUACAUUAGCUAAUUUGCUGUUUGCAAUGCAAUUUUCCAUUGACAACUACCCAAGUUGCUAAAUGGCUAGCAACUAUGCUUUCAAGAACGCACCCCAGAUCAGGUGUCUUUAUA